GCGGAGGCGGAGGCGGAGGGAUGGCGGUGCGGCGCGCCUUGCACUUCGUGUUCAAAGUCGGCGACCGCGCGCGGACUGCGCGCUUCUACCGGGAGCUGCUGGGCAUGAGCGUUCUGAGGCAUGAGGAGUUUGAUGAAGGCUGUAAGGCCAGCUGCAAUGGCCCUUACGAUGGAAAAUGGAGCAAAACAAUGGUGGGCUAUGGGCCAGAAGAUGACCACUUUGUUGCAGAGUUGACUUACAACUAUGGUAUUGGAGAGUAUCGCCUUGGCAAUGACUUUCUGGGCAUAACCCUGGUGUCCAGCCAGGCUGUGAGCAAUGCUAAGAAGAUGGGUUGGCCCCUCAAAGAAGUCACAGCCGGUGUGUUUGAAACUGAAGCCCCAGGUGGAUACAAGUUCUACUUGGAAGACAAGGAACAGAAAAAGCAAGAUCCUGUGCUAAAGGUAACCUUGGGUGUCUCUGAUCUGCACAAGUCUGUUAAUUACUGGUCUCAUUUGCUUGGGAUGAAAAUAUAUGAGAAGGAUGAAGAAAAACAGAGGAUUUUGCUGGGCUAUGCAGAUAACCAGUGUAAGCUGGAGCUGAAGGCUGUUGGAGGAGCAGUGGAUCAUGGAACAGCAUUUGGAAGGAUUGCCUUUUCCUGUGCCAAGGAAGAGUUGCCAAACAUUGAAGCACUGAUGAAAAAGGAGAACCAGAAAAUUUUAACGCCUCUGGUUAGCUUGGACACACCUGGCAAAGCUACAGUGCAAGUGGUCAUUUUGGCUGAUCCUGAUGGCCAUGAAAUCUGUUUUGUGGGAGAUGAAGCAUUUCGAGAUCUGUCCAAAGUGGAUCCUAAUGGUGACAAACUGUUAGAUGAUGCUAUGGCAGCUGACAAGAGUGACACGUGGUUUGCUGCCCGAAAUAUGAAGAAGGUGUCUGCAUAGCUGGAGGAGGAACUGGGCUGACUGGUCGUCAUGCCUUGGUUUUCAUCUGGGCAAAACUUGCUGUGCUGUCCGUCCCAUGGGAGGAUACAGUCAUGUCCCACGUUCUUCUGUUGGUUCCUUUUCAGCUUGUAUCUCUUUCAUUUCAAGCUCUUCUUUAUUUUCAAUCAAAUAUCACGUGCUCCUUCAUACGUAAGUGUAAAGUGAGGAGGAUGUCGAGCACGUGGCUUCCAACGUGGGAGCUGCAGGCUAACACCUCGUGUAUCUCUAGUGUGGUUGCAAUUGAAGGAGAAGUUGCCAGAUUGAUUAGAAUAUCCAGAUCUGUAAUUAAUGAGCUGUAAUCCUUCUGACUGCAGUACAGGGCUGAGAUAUUGGGGUAUCAGCAGCUGUAGUGCCUGGCAUUGUUGGGCAGGCUCUUUGUUUUGGAUCUCUCUCAAUGAAAAUCAACAGCAUUAGCAGUCACUGCGCUGUGUCAGUGCCUGCAGUCAAUAUUCCGAAUGGGAACAGUUCUUGAUGUGACAGUGUUGCUUUGGCAUUGAUGCAGUCAGUGAAUUGGGGCUGGAUCAGGGCUGGUGCCAUUGUUGGAAAUUUGCCUUUACUUGAAUAAAAGUAACGAGCGGCGUCCCCUGGGGGUCUGUAUUGGGA